AUGCGGGGUUCCAAGUCGCAGUGGUCGAACUCGCCGGAGACGAUCAUGUCGCACCAUUUUCGUCUGGCCCGCGGCGUCGCUCCAGUCGUCGACGUCAGUCCUCCUUUCUCCAUGUACAACAGUCCCAUUAGUCGGUACUUCACAGUUUUCUCAUUUUCAUGUUUUGGCUUCAGGCGUCCAUUACAUUCCGCCACGUAGAGCUUCCUCAGCUGAUCCGCUUCGGAAAAAAGUUUAGAACUUUAUUAUAAUUUUUUUUGAAGUUUCAAACACUUGCAUAUAAAGGUUUUUCAGCCAUUGCAAAUUCACAAAUAAGAUAAUUUGAUCAAUUUAGUUCCCGGGAAGUGUUGAAAAAUUAGUCAAACUUCUUUGAUGUGUUGAAGAAAGACAUUGGAGUUUCUCGUAAAUGAUUUAGAUUCCUUCGGCUUAAAUCCCGAGCUGUAUUUUCUAAGCCGAAUUUAGUGGAACCUACUAUUUCGUUCUGAUUACGAACUUGUCAGAUGAGUAAAUCACAACGAGAGCUGAACGAGUUUGUCAACGGAAGGACGCCGGCUCAUCUCCGCCUUCCACUGCCGUUGAGGUCGAGCUAUUCCGAUCUGAUCAAACCAAAAAUAAUCGAGUCAAGAAACUAUCAGGCUCCCAUCCACCGAAAACGUCAGGUCAGUUCCUUCCUUCACCGACUGAUUUUUUGAAUCUAAACAAAAUUUUCUAUCUUGACAUUUCAGACAAACCGUCCCCCUAAACCUGCAGAAGCAACAGGAAAGCCAACACGGAAAUCAUCCUUCCUCGAAAACGAGAAGAACGAUUUCAAGGACAGUGUCUUGACCGAGAUCAUCGCACGUGGUGUUUACAGCGACAGGUAUUUUCUUGUUUAUUUUUCAGAGUAUUUUGAUCUUUUUAUUUGUAGUUUCAUUGCUGAUGUGAUCAACGAAAAGAAAGAAAAGUUUAUCGGCCGGUUGCCUUGGGUAAUGAUUUUUUGGGUAAGAUGAAAAGUUAAAAAAAUUCCAGGAAGAGCUGGAAAAAAGCGCGAGAGCUUUGUUCAGACAGCUCGAAGUCAAAGAGGAGGCUCCCAUACGAUUAAAGUCAGUUUUAGCUACUUAGUUGGCAAUAACUUUUCUCUCUCAGAAGGUCAUCUCGAGAUCUCAAAGCAGCAUCAAUAACUUCUUCAGUUUCCACUUCUUCUUCUUCCUCUGCUUCUUCUACAACCUCAACGCCAACUUCUGA